AUGCCACACUUGAUCAGCAGCUUGUUGCUGCUGCUGCUGCUGCUGCUCGAACAAACACUGAGCCAGGACUACUGCCAGCCAGCACUGUGUCCCAAGUACAAGAAGCACAUUGCUUGCCGACAUAAUAGCGAUCUGGGCAAAGCCUGCGGCGCUGGCAAGAUCGUGCUGCUCAACUUGACGCAGCAUCAGCCGGCCAUACUCAAUAUGCAUAACUCGCCGCGCAAUUCGCUGGCCGCGGGCAAGGUGGCCAAGCUGCCGCCCACAGAGCGCAUGGCCAGCAUGCAGUGGCAUGAGGAGCUGGAGGCGCUGGCGCUGCUCAACGCUAAGCAAUGCGUGCUGACCUACGAUCCAUGCCACAAUACCGCCGAGUUUUACAACUCGGGUCAGAAUGUGGCGCUGUUGAACAUCAGCGCCGAUGUGCUGACCAAUGACGAGCUGCUGCUGAAGGAUGCCAUUGAACGCUGGUGGGAUCAGCACAAGGCCAUGACCGCAGAGCAUCUGCAGCGCUUUCCCAAGCCUGGCAAGCUAGCCGACUCCAUGCGCAACUUUGCGGUUAUGGCGCGUGAUAAUAACACGCAUGUCGGCUGCGCUGCCAUACGCUUCGAGAAGCUGCAGCUGCAACACUUUCUCUUCGUUUGCAACUAUGCCAGCAACUAUGUGGCUGGGCAGCCGCUGUAUCGCCCCAAGAGCGUCAACUGCCAGGGCGGCUAUGACAAGCAGUUCAAGGAGCUCUGCAAGCCGGGCGAGAACUAUCGCGACGUGGAGCCACUGGAGCCAACACCAAAGCCAGUCAAGUCCAAGAAGAAGUAAAAAAUAAUCGAAAUAUUCAACUAACAAUAAAUAUCAUCAAUUUGCGCUAUAUAAA